GGAGAUAUAUUCCCUCAACAUAAUAAAGCUUAUUGAGAGAGAGAAAAAGAGAGAGAGAGAGAGAUGGCGAGUGAAAGUGUUUUGGGAGAGAAGAAGAAGAUCGAAGGAACAGUGAUUUUGAUGAAAAGUAAUGUUUUGGAUUUCAAUGACUUCCAUGAAUCUCUUCUUGAUUAUCUCUAUGAAUUUUUGGGCAAACGAGUUUCUCUCCAACUUGUCAGUGCCAUUAAUGGCGACCACUCAAACGGAUUGAGAGGGAAAUUGGGAGAGGCAGCUUAUUUGGAAGAUUGGAUUACUACAAGGACUCCAUUAAUAGCUGGGGAAGCUGCUUUCAAAGUUAGAUUUGAUUGGGAUGAGGAAGAAAUGGGAAUUCCUGGUGCCUUCUUCAUCAGAAAUGAUCAUCACAGUGAAUUUUACCUCAAAUCUCUCACUCUCGAACAUGUUCCUGGCCAUGGAAGGAUCUACUUCCUAUGCAACUCUUGGGUUUAUCCAUUUCGCACGUCGAAAAAGAAUCGUAUUUUCUUCGUCAAUCAGACAUAUCUUCCCAGCGAAACACCAGAGCCGCUUCGCAAGUUCAGAGAUGAGGAAUUACAGAGCUUGAGAGGAGACGGCAAUGGCGAACUCCAAGAAUGGGAUAGGGUUUACGAUUACGCUUUCUACAAUGAUCUCGCUGAUCCAGAUAAAGGUUCAGAAUACGCCCGUCCGGUCCUCGGCGGCUCCACCCAGUAUCCUUACCCUCGGAGAGGACGAACCGGACGACCGCCGGCGAAAUCAGAUCCCGAAUUUGAGAGCAGAAUACCACUUGUUAAGAGUUUAGACAUUUACGUUCCAAGGGAUGAACGAUUCGGUCACUUGAAGUUGUCCGAUUUCCUUGCUUAUGCGCUGAAGGCAGUUUCUCAGUUUAUCAAGCCUGGGCUUGAAGAACUGUUUGAAGGCACUCCAGGCGAGUUCGACAGCUUCCAGGACGUUCUUGAUCUGUAUGAAGGAGGAUUUCCGGUGCCGGAAGGUUUAUUUGAAGCCAUUAGGGAGAACAUCGCUGCACCUUUGCUCAAGGAAAUUUUUAGAACUGAUGGUGAAAGGCUCUUCAAGUUUCCUUUGCCUCAAGUGAUUAAAGAGGAUAGAUCAGCUUGGAGGACCGAUGAAGAAUUUGGUAGAGAAAUACUGGCGGGAGUAAAUCCUGUAGUCAUCCGUCGUCUCCAAGUGUUUCCACCAACAAGCAAGCUUGACCCUGAAGUUUAUGGUGAUCAGAACAGCAAGAUAACCAAAGAACACAUAAUAGACAAAUUAGAUGGACUUACAGUAGAAGAGGCAAUCAAGAGAAAUAGGUUGUUUAUAUUGGAUCCCCAUGAUUCACUGAUGCCAUACCUUAGACGAAUAAAUACGACUUCCACAAAGACUUAUGCGAGCCGAACCAUACUUUUCCUCAAAGAAGAUGGUACACUAAAGCCAUUGGCGAUCGAACUGAGCUUGCGAAACCCUCAAGGAGACCGAUUUGGAGCGGUUAGCAAGAUUUUCUUUCCAGCCGAACAAGGGGUCGAGAGUUCAAUUUGGCAGCUAGCCAAAGCUUAUGCGGCUGUAAAUGACUCUGGUUACCACCAACUCAUCAGCCAUUGGUUGAAUACUCAUGCCGUAAUUGAGCCGUUUGUGAUUGCUACUAAUAGACAACUAAGUGUUCUUCAUCCAAUUUACAAGCUGCUCCAUCCCCACUUCCGAGACACCAUGAAUAUAAACGCAUUUGCUCGACAGAUACUCAUUAAUGCAGGUGGCAUUUUGGAAGCAACAGUUUUUCCAGCCAAAUAUUCCAUGGAGAUGUCAGCUGUUCUAUAUAAGGACUGGAUUUUUCCUGAACAAGCACUUCCUGCAGAUCUCAUAAAGAGAGGAAUGGCAAUUGAGGAUUCAAAUUCUCCACAUGGACUUCGUCUCGUAAUCGAGGACUAUCCAUAUGCUGUCGAUGGGCUCGAGAUCUGGUCAGCGAUCAAGACCUGGGUUACAGAUUAUUGUUCUUUCUAUUACAAGACUGAUGAAACGGUACAAAAUGACUUGGAGCUGCAAUCUUGGUGGAAGGAACUCAGAGAGAAAGGCCACGGUGACAAGAAAGAUGAACCAUGGUGGCCUAAAAUGCAAAACGUUGAAGAAUUAAUAGAAACCUGCACUAUUGUCAUAUGGAUUGCUUCGGCUCUCCAUGCAGCAGUGAACUUUGGACAAUACCCUUAUGCAGGUUAUCUCCCGAAUCGACCAACUAUCAGUCGCAAAUUCAUGCCCGAAAAAGGCACUCCCGAGUACGAAGAACUUGAAUCAAACCCCGAAAAAGCUUUCUUAAGAACGAUCACUGCACAACUGCAAACUCUUCUCGGUGUCUCGCUGAUAGAAAUAUUGUCGAGGCACUCGUCCGACGAGGUCUAUCUCGGCCAAAGAGACUCGCCCGAGUGGACUACCGAUAAAGAACCAUUGGAAGCAUUCGAGAAGUUUGGAAAAAAGUUGGCUGAAAUUGAAGAUGGAAUCAUCAAAAGAAAUGGAGAUUUGAGACUGAAAAACAGAGUUGGACCAGUUGUGGUGCCUUACACGUUGCUUUAUCCAACUGGUGAAGAGGGGCUCUCAGGCAAAGGAAUCCCCAACAGUGUCUCCAUCUAAGGCUCUUCUUUGAAUAAGGUAAUAAAUAAUUGGCUAUUGCAGUGUAGCUGUAUCUAAUAAAUAUUGAUGAUUUAUUUUAUAAACUAGAAUUACAUUAGUGGCUAUUAUUAGAUCUUUUUAAUAUUGAUUGUUUAUCUAAUUUGUAAUAGUUGUGUAGGAGGAAUUUCAGUUUGGUUCCUAAAUUUUCAAAUAUUUUAUUUUAAGUUCUGUAACUUCGAA